AUGGCAGCGAACGAGAUCGCAGGCCCCCUUGGGCCCCUGACGAAUUCGAAUUUCGCCAUCGAUGUCGUAGAUGCGCAGGCGCUAUCCACACCAGACCGCCGGGCCAUGCUGUGGACGGAUGAUGAGUCUCGAACUCUGGACUUAUCAUUUCGCUACUUUUCUCAAAAGUCGCAUUCCUCGGCACAGCUGCUCAACGAUCUCGGCAUCCAGAAAGGUGACGUUUUGAUGAUACUUCUGCCGCGAGUCCCAGCAUGGUGGGAAAUAGCAACGGGAGCACUGCGAGCCGGCAUCGUUGUAUCGCCAUGCACCACUUUAGCCACCCACAAAGACAUGGCUUUCCGUGCGCAAGCUUCAAAAGCUGCUGCAUUUGUCGGCGACACAGAAACUAUUACAAAGUUUCUACGCGUACGCGACAGUUGUCCUUCCAUGAAGACUAUACUGCAAGCCGAAGGACUACCCGUGCCGGGGGUGGCGCAGUAUGAUGAGUUGAUCGGAACCUAUGAUCCAGAUGCCCGAUACUUGGGAGACCAUACCAAGUCUACAGACUCCGCCUUCCUGUUCUUUACCUCUGGGACUACCGGUCCACCAAAAAUGGUCGUCCAUAACCACCUUUACCCCUUAGGUCAUGUACCAACUGGUCAAGCUUGGCUUCUGCUUGGACCUGGCAAGCUUUACUGGUCGUUGGCCGAGCAGGGAUGGGCCAAGGCAGCUUGGGCUUGGUUUGCGGCCUGGAAUACUGGUGCUGCACUCUUUGUGCAAAAGAUGCAGGGAGCCUUCUCGCCUCAAGGUCUCGUAGAAACCUUGCACAAGUACCCUAUCACAACGUUGUGUGCGCCUCCAACGGCCUUCCGUCGGCUAGUGCUGCCGGAAAUUCGAGCACUGAUCCAAGAUCUUCCGCCGUUGCAGUUGGAACAUUGUGUAGCGGCCGGAGAGGCGCUCGAGGGCGAGCUCGUCAGAACAUGGGCAUCCAUGACAGGCAUUGAAAUCAAAGAUGGCUAUGGUCAAACCGAAACAACAUUGCUGUGUGGCAACUUUCCGGGGAACAAAGUCAAGCUGGGUUCCAUGGGCCUGCCUACUCCUGGCACUCAGUUGUGUGUCGUGGAUAACAAUGGCGAUGAGUGUGACGCUGGCGAAGAGGGUGAUAUUGCCGUGGCGACACACGACAUAGAUGGCAUACCGCUCAAGGGUAUCUACGACGGCUAUCUCCAAGCUGACGGUACAACGUGUAUCAAGCUGAAGCGAGAAAGCCAUCCCAAGGAAGGAAGGAAACUCCGCCAAUGGUACCUUACAGGUGAUAGAGCUAAACGUGACGGCGAAGGUUACUUCUGGUUCAUCGGCCGUGCAGAUGAUGUUAUCAACUCCGCCGGAUACCGAAUUGGGCCUUCCGAGGUCGAGGCAGUGCUCCAGGAGCAUCCUGCUGUUUUAGAGUCUAUCGUGAUUGCAUCACCAAGUGCGGAACGGGGUGAUGUUGUCAAGGCAUUCAUCGUCCUUACAGAUGCUGCGAAGAAUGACGAUCUUGAGGCGCUGGCCAAGAAGAUUCAAGACCAUUGCAAAGAGACAGCGGCACCUUACAAGUAUCCUCGCAGGAUAGAAUUUGUGGGCAAGGACUUCUUCCCACGAACUCAAAUCUAA